AUGUCGGGUAACUAUGGAUUCAACCAAUUUCCCCAGUACCCAGGAGAUGCUCGUCGUACCUCUGGAAGUUCAUCCGCGAACCCUUCUUCACUAAACAACUUGAGCGCCAACCAAUCUUACGGGCAGUACCCUGGAGGGAAUGUUAACUCUUAUUCACAGUAUAACCCAUCAGGCGGCUACAGUCAAGGCUUGCCAACAGAGUAUAACCCAUCAGGCGGCUACAGUCAAGGCUUGCCAACGCAAAACGUGGGUGGCGGCUCCCUUGCCUCCAACACUCGUGAUCAAUACGGCCGACCACAAUACGCUAGUGAACUGGCCCCGGGUGGUCUUUCGCAAAAUGCUUCUGCCCAACCAAGUGGAAUGUCUUUGGACACUUUAUAUAGUCCUAUGGCAUCGAGCAAUACCAUGUUGCAACAAAGUUUGGGAGACAAUCCUAGCGUUGGUUUGCACCAUGAUAGCUAUCUAUCCAGUUCUCUUGGGAUGAGCUGUCCAAACCCAUCUCAUAAUUCUGACUCACGUGCAAGUCAUGGGGUUGUACGAAACCAUAUAUGCCCAACUUGCGGGAAGGGAUUUGGAAGGCCCUCUUCGCUGGCUCAACAUGAAUUUAUACAUACUGGGGAAAGACCAUAUGUUUGUCAUGUCUGCAGAAGAGCUUUCAACACAACCAGUAAUCUUAAGUGCCAUCAAAGUCUGCAUGAGACUGAUCAAUAA